CGGAUGAAUACUCACACUAGCGCUGACAGGCUCUGCUCGGCAUUUCAGAAAAGCCCGACAAUCUUCCCUCGGGCGUUUCCCAAUGCUCCUCGGUAAGAGCUAUGUCUGAUUCCAGGAAUCUGAGAUGGACCCUGGCACAGUCCCGCCCGCCGUGUGUUCUGCUGUGUGCUCUCAUCCAGCUUACAGGUAUUGGCAUCAUAUCAGGGAAGAUGUCUUCUCUGAACAGGACUCAGGGAGAUUAUGUUCUGUUGUGUCCAGAUUCAAAAAUUGGAAACGAGACCCUGUUGAUUAAAUGGUAUUUUCUAUCUAAGAAUCUGAGCCUACUCACCAUCUGGUCAGGGGAGAGCAGUCCACACUGGAUCAUUCCCCAGAAGGAAUACAAGGGGAGGCUGUCUGUUCCUGAUGGAGAAUCUCUGAAGAUCACAAAUCUGACCCCUGAAGACAGUGGAAGUUAUGAAGCUCAUAUCAUAUCAGUCUCAGGAGAGAUAUAUAUUGAAAAGUUCAAUUUAACUGUCUUUGGCACUGUGACUAGAAAGUCUAACACAAAUCCAUGGAUUUGGUGGUCCCUGCUGGGCAGCCUGGUGCUCCUGGUGGCAGUUUGGUGUUUUCUUUGUAAAGUAAAGAGUUCCCCUUGCAAAAUUAAAGACAUUCUCACAAGAGGAAACAUACAAGCAGUAGUGUAUCACGAGAAUGAGAGAAGACUAGAGGAGGGCUUGACAGCUUGUCCAAAUGGCUUCCAUUCAGAUCAAGAGACACACGGAAGACACCUGUGAGUGUACAAUUUUUGACUGAUGGAUUGACAGCAUAGAAAAGUCAUUUAUACAGACCCUCAUGUUCCAGAGAGCCUUGCCAACUGCAAACACAAGAUCAUGGAAUUAUGCUGGGCAGAGUCUGCAUGACACAGGAGAUCAGCUGAGAGCAACACGGAUAAAAGCAAUCCAACAGUAUCAACCAACAAAGACAUAGUUCAUCCUAAAGUCUUAGAGGCUUGCACUGAUUUUUCCAGACCUGUGCCCUGGGCACGGAUGACCACAGGUGUGGUCUACAUGUGUCCAUGCUUCCUUUUGAUGGUGUAUAUUGCUGGCAAACUCUGCCUUAGGUUUAUAGGAGGAGAGAUAUCAUUACUUCUCUUUACUGGCCUCUUCAAUGUCAUUCUCUCCAAUGUCCUCAUUCCUCCCCUCUCCUAUCGGAACUCCAUCGCAUCAACCCUGAUCUCUGAUAAGUGAGUUUUCACUUUUUCUUGUCCAGCACCAGGGCUCCAUGCCAUUUCCUGGUCAUCUCCACGCUAGCUACAGAGCAUAUCACCUAUCCCAUUCCAGCUCGCCUUUGUGUGUUGUCUUCUGCUAUUCAAAUGUAAGCUCCCUGAAGGCACAAUGAAUACUGAGAUCGGCAUGGAGCCAGUUCAACUUCUGCCUUAGACACAUAAUAGUGUGUGACCCUGGACAAGUCACUUAGCCUCAGUUAGCCUUACUUUCCUCAUC